UAGAAAUUGCAGCGGAAUGACUCUCUCUGAUAAGGUAUGCAUCUAUCUUCUAAUUCGCUUCUAAUAUACCAUGUGUUGUAUGGAAGUGUUAACUCUUCAUUUCCUUUUUUAGGAAAGAGAUGCACACCGCAUGUACAUUGAACUGGAUGAGAAAAAGAAGCCAUUUACAUUAAUGCAUUGCUACAUAGAGUUUGAGAAGUAUCCAAAGUGGCAGACAUGUCCGCUUCCUCAGAAGAAACAAAAGAAGACCUCGGAUGCAAGUCCGGGUACAACCUCCAACGAUGAAGACUUCGGCACAUGCACUGAUGCUCUUGAAGAAGAGCUAAGACCUCCUGGUACGAAGCAUGACAAGAAUGAACGUUUGAGGAAAGGUAAAACUUCUGAAUCCAAUGAUAGUGGUUGCAAGUUAUCAUUACAAAGUAUGUGGGCACAGAAGAUAGAGAAGGAUGAUAUCAAAGAGGCCACAAAAAUUGCUCGCUACGCGAGAGCUUUUGAAUUGCAAGAGAAGCAGAUUGCAUUGCAAGAGAAGGAGGAUGCACGGAAACAGUUUGAAUUAGAUGAGAAAAUCAUGCUCAUGGACACAUCUCAUAUGAGUGAUGCACAGAAGCAAUUCUACAAGAAUAAACAAGAUGAGAUCAUUACUCGCUGCCAGAACACAUCUGGUUGAC